AACAUCUUCUUCGUCGGUUUUCAUCAUCUAAUUUUCAAAAGUCGCCGGAGAGCGGAACCGUUCGGAGGCUUCUCAGUUUUCCGGCGAUGGAUUCCGGCGCGUGGUUGCUGUUCCUUCUGUCGGCCUCGACGAUCGGCCACCUCCGUUCGGAACCGAUGCUGAGGCUGCCGUCGGAGAAGGAAAUCCCUAGCGAUUACUGCGAUAGUUGGAGGCUGGCGGUGGAGACGAACAAUGCCGGCGCGUGGGAGCGCGUGCCGCCGAGUUGCGUGGGGUUUGUGGCGGAGUACAUGAGCGGAAAGCGGUAUCGGAGGGACUGCGACGUUGUCGGGAAACUGUCGUCGGCGUUCGCGAGAAGCGUGGAAUUGGUCGGAGACGGAAGAGACGCGUGGGUGUUCGACAUCGACGAGACGCUGCUUUCCAAUCUGCCUUACUACCAAGAGAUCGGAUUCGGAUUUGAGCUCUUCAAUGAGACUUCCUUUGAUAAUUGGGUGAAGUUAGCUGCAGCCCCAGCUUUGCCAUCCAGUUUCAGUUUGUAUAACGAGCUUCAGGAAUUGGGCUUCACGGUAUUUCUCUUAACUGGGAGGAGUGAAUAUCAAAGGAAUGCCACGGAGACAAACCUUCUACUUUCAGGGUACAAAAAUUGGGAGAGGCUCUUCUUGAGAGGGUCUUCUGAUCAAGGCAAACCAGCUAGUACUUACAAGUCUGAGAAGAGAGCAGAGUUGGAGAGCGAAGGCUAUAGGAUCCAUGGGAACUCUGGGGAUCAGUGGAGUGAUUUAGGGGGUUAUGCAGUGGCCGCACGGUCUUUUAAAAUCCCAAACCCAAUGUAUUAUAUUCCUUAGAAUAGAAAAUGGCUUCUCAGAAUUCUGUAUUUUUGUUCAUGAUUGCCUGUUGUAGUGCCUGUCCAUGAUUUUUCAUGUUAAUAUCAUGCUUGUUACAACAGGGAUUCUGAGUGGUACUAGUUUUUAUGUGUUGCAGUUUGCAUGUUUCGAGGAAUAGUUCUAAAUAUUUUUAACUCAA